GUGUCCCCAUAUCCCUGUACCUCAUGUCCCUGUGUCCCCAUAUCCCCGUCCCCACAUCCCUGUAUCCCUGCAUCCCAUUAUCCCCACACCCCCCGAUCCUCAUUUCCUUCCACCCUCACACCCCCGUACCCCCAUACUCCUGUAUCCCCGUGUCCCCAUAUCCCCGUAUCCUUGCACCCCAAGUCCCCGUACCCCCGUGUCGCUGUCCCCCUCUGUCCCCAUAUCCCCCCAUCCCCUCUCCCCCCCUCCGCGUUCCCACCCCCGACGUCCCCAUUUCCACCCCGCGGCGCCCUCUGCGUCUCCCCGUGGUUGGGGACGCCCAAAGGCGCUGCCCCCAAAGGGUGGGGACGCCCCACUUGGGGUGGGGGUGAUGCUCUGUCCCCGCCGCCCCACAGCGCUGGCGGCCGCCUCCCCGAGCGGGGAUGAGUGUGCGGAGGAGGAGGAGGAUGAGCUGGAGCCGGGGCUGGAGGAGGCUGAGCCGGAGCCCGGCAGCGCGGCCAGGGCAGCGGGGGGGUCCCGGGGGGCUGUGCUCACCCGGCGGGGCAUCACUCUGCGUGUGCUGCUCCGCGAUGGGCUCCUGGAGCCGGGAUGUGGGGUCCUCUCCAUCUACUACCUGGGCAAGAAGUUCGUGGGGGACCUGGGGGCGGACGGGGCCAUCACGUGGCAGGAGACGGGGCAGGUGUUCGGCUCCCCCAGCGCCUGGGCCACGCACUGCAAGCGCCUGGUGAACCCCGCCAAGAAGUCGGGCUGCGGGUGGGCCUCCGUGCGCUACAAAGGGCAGCGGCUGGACCAGUACAAGGCUGCGUGGCUGCGCCGCCACCAACCCCACGUGCACAGCGAGGAGGCUCUGCCCAGCGAGGGAGAGGAGGAUGAGCUGCCCGAGGAGGAGGAGGAGGAGGUCGGGGACGGCCGAACGCCCGCAGCGGAGCCGGCAGUGAGCAGGAGGACCGAGGAGAGGAGCAGGAAGCCGCCGGGCCGCAGCGCUGCAGAGCAGGAGCCCCCCCUGGGGAAGAGGCCGGAGAGCAGAGCCCGGGCAGCCGUCCGCUACUGCACGCUGGGCACGCGCGACGCAGCCAGGAGCCCACAGACCCUGGUGGAGGUGACGUCCUUCGCAGCCAUCAACAAAUUCCAGCCCUUCAACGUGGCCAUCUCCAGCAACGUCCUCCUGCUGCUGGAUUUCCACAGCCAUCUGACGCGCAGUGAAGUGGUCGGCUACCUGGGGGGCCGCUGGGACACCAACACGCAGCGUAGGCAAUGGGGGGGGGGGGGGAGCAGCCCCCGGCACGGCCACCCACCCCCCGUCCCCGCAGUGCUGACGGUGCUGCACGCCUUCCCGUGCCGGAGCCGCCUGGGCGACGCUGAGGCUGCGGGCGCAGUGGAGGAGGAGAUCUGCCAGAGCCUGUUCCUGCGGGGGCUGUCGUUGGUGGGUUGGUACCACAGCCACCCCUUCGGCCCCGCGCUGCCCUCCCUGCACGACAUCGACACGCAGAUGGACUACCAGCUCAAACUGCAGGGCAGCGGCAACGGCUUCCAGCCCUGCCUGGCCCUCAUCUGCGGGCCGUACUAUGCUGGUAACCCCGGCGUGGAGUCCAAGAUUGCGCCCUUCUGGGUGAUGCCGCCGCCGGAGCAACGGCCCAACGACUACGGCAUCCCCAUGGAUGUGGAGGUGGCCUACAUCCAGGAUGGCUUCCUCACCAACGACGUCCUGCAGGAGAUGACACUGCUGGUGGAGUUCUACAGAGGAGCCCCGGACCUGGUGAAGUUCCAGGAGCUGUGGAGCCACGACCAGACCUACCUGGAUAAGCUGAAGCUCCUGUCCGCAGGGCUCCCUGGCCUCCCGCACCCCCAAGGAUCAGAGCUUCGCCCACAUCCUGGAGCAGAUCUACGGCCUGCUGAGGCACAGCAGCUGAGCAGGAGCUGCGCUGGGGAGCAGAGGCUGCGAGCAGCACUGCAGGGAUGCAGCACCGCCUGCUGUGCCCAGCGAGCCAACGGAAGGACCCAGAGCCAGCAGCGGGGGGCACGGGGGCAGAGCAGGGUGGGGGGGCUCCUGGGGGCCCAACGCUUACAGUGCGACAGAGUGUGGGGAAAUAAGGGAGGAAACGCAGCCUCACCUCUUACACAGACAGGGAUGGGCUCACGGCCCUCUGCCCCGGAGCUGCAGGCAGAACGUCUCCAUUCCAUGCCCACACUGCCAAAGACCGCGGGAAGAAGGGACCGUUUGUUCGCCAUCAACUGCUUUUAUUGUUGUGGAAAAUGGAAUGUUUCACUAACAGAAACUUCAAUGCCGACCAAGAACACGUUCAUAACAAAGAGAGGAAACCAAUCAGCUGAACUGAUAGAGCGGUUGGCUACGAUGUGGCAGCAGCAGCCUUGCUUUUCCGUCAUCGCCAACUCAAGUUGACCCUGCUUAAUAAAAUCCACCACCACCGUCACUUAGUAUUAAAAAAUAGAUAUAUUUAUGUAUAUA